AGCUUUGCUUUUGCGUCGGGAGGAGGUGUUCCGUGGGGCCACACCUGGUCCCUUUCAGUGCAGUGUGACAGCGCAAGGGGCAGCAUCGCGAGCGGUCCCUCUAUGUCGUGUGGCCGCGUGACGACGUGACGAGGGAUGCCUGCCAGCCACUGGGUCCUUGCCGGGAUAUUGACAUUCGUCGUCCCACUGUGGCUGGCCGACGGCGCAUGGGCGAAGCUCGGCCAAAGUGACAACGAACGGCAGCAGCAGUCCAAGGUAGAGCAGCGUCACCGACCCUGGCAGCGGCGCGGUGCGACUGCGUCACCUGUGCGCGGGGUGGGCGCCCUGCCGGAGUGCGCGGCGCAACAGGUCUGCUCGGCGCUGUACGUGCGCGUGAACCGGACCCAGCCGCUGUGCGCCUGCCCGGCCGCCUUCGCCGAGCCCUGCUCGGAAUCGGCCGAGCUCGACGAGCACACCAUCAAGCUCGUGUCCAACGACAGGCAGGGCACCUUCAACCUCAUCAAGGUGUGCGAGCCCGUGCUGUCGGUACGGCGCUGUCAGGAGCCCCGCGACUGGCAGCUGCUGGCGCUGCAGAGCACCCGCACUGGCCGCGCCCACUACCUGCUCGUGUGCCGAUGCCCCACGGGGUCACGCCUGCUGGGGCCCGUGCGCCACACCACGCCGCCGUACGCCAACAUACCAGGCAUCCGCGUCUACGGCAUGCUCUGCGCUCAGGGGCCGGCAACGUCCUCCCUACCGCCUAGGGACAGCAGGAACUUUCAGAAGGGUUACUACCCGGAGGCCCCCUGGCCCAGGAUCCUCGAAAUGAUAAAGAAAUCUGGCCUCCAUUACAAGCUCUGACGUGUACAUGUAGACCAGAACCACCGUUCGAAUGCAACCGCAGCCGUCAACGGCGGCAACGUCAAGGUGACACCGGGAAAGCAGAAACGGCAGCAGGCGAAUUCGACUGCGCCGAAAUGAGACAGGCAACACAGCCGCUCGGACCUUCACACUGCGUGACACGCCAGGGCGCCAGUGGCCCACGGUAGCGGAGCGCGCUGUCAUCGGCGGUUCGCCGAAUUCGCAAACGGGAAGUUUCUUCUUUUACCCGCGACAUCGUGCGUUGAAACGUAGAAAAACUCAAAAUAUUCGCCGGCCUGGAGUGCAUUAAAACGCAUGUUUCACGUUCUACAGCUCGGUGGCGGCCAUUUCCAGGUUGUAUUCGGCGCUCAUCAAGGUCAUAAGCCCUGCCUGUACCGCUGCCUUGCAGUUGGCAAAAGUAAGGCAAAAAAACUGCACUGCUCGGCGCU